AUGUCGGAGUCCGUGUAUCAACGAGACAUUGUGAUCCCUGCGGAAAACAACUUCCAAUUGUGAGUUGAUAAAGAUUAUUCAAGCAGGUUGAAGCUAUUAAGCUAUUCUCUGACCAAGAUUUAAUCAAUGUGGCAUUUCAUCACAAAUAGAAUUUUGGAGAAGCCUUUGGCUGGGUUCUUCUUGGCUAGCCAAGACAAAGGCUUGCUUUCUGAGCAGAAAAUGACGUUAAUAAUUUUUAUUGAUUUUUUAAGACCAACUUUAUCCUCCAAAAACUCUCCCGAAAGAAUUUGAUAUCUAAAAUCUUGUGGUCAAUCGAUAGUGUGUGGACGAAACGUCUAAGCGGUUCCGGAGAUGCGAUGGAUUGACGUGUGAUCUUCUUUCAGCAAAGACGAAAAUCUGGUAACCCCUCCAAGCGUAAACGACGACAAAUCGGACAAAACCCAAUCAGCGAAGGACAAGGAGAAGAAGGACAGCGAGAAAGACUCGAAACGAGAAUUGGACAAGACCCAGGAGGUGGAACAGAAGAAUACUGGCAGUACAAGUUCUCAGAAGUCCCUAUUGUUGGUGGACAAGACUCAACACACAAUGUCCGGAAAGUCGACGAUCAAGAGCAAUGUGGACGUCAAGGAGACUCAGAACGAUGCGAUUAAUGUCAGCUUCGAUCGGGAGGGAGCGGAGACUGUCAAAUCGGUAAGAUAUUGAAAACAUUCCAUGAAUAUUGCUUCGCGGGUUGCAAUUGUAUUUUACCGUUUUGUAUUUAGAUGUCUCGGAUUACCGAUGGAGUUGGCGAAGCGCGUGUUCGCGACAAGGAAAACGGCAACGAACAUUAA